GCUCUCUGACGGUCCACUCAUAUUAUCGCCCAAAAAAGGUCAAAUCCAGCCCUACCUCGCAAUAUUGCCCGACGUGAUGGGCCCAAACCCCUGCGCGACGGGACGCGGUGCCACCGUUGCCAGUCUGCCAGCCAAGGGUGUGUGGAGAGUUCACCAUUCACGCACCCAAUCGCACACACUUGCCGCAGGUGCCAGCGCAUCAGCCGCGCUCGACCUGCCAGAGCCCGCCCCGGAUAUGCUCGCCCGGAGGUCCCCAGCGCCCUGGCGCUGUCACCCCGUGUGCCAGCGUAGCCGUCAGCAGGCUGUCAGAGCAUGUCGUCUGGUGUCAUGGCCAGAGCCACCGAGAGACCCCGAGAUCCUUCUUCCCGAGCCCAUGCAGGUCUACGCGCCCGAAAAGAAGGAAACGGAUCGCUAUCGCCCUGUUCUCGUCCCCUGCGCUCGGUGGUUGUACUGCCCCCAGAGCGACAGACUGCGACAGAGCGACAUUCGGGAAAUCCAAUCCAGGCGUGCGUUACUACUGCGUUACUCGUACACUGUUACAGUGCGGCGCAGGCAUUCGAGCCUCGAGCUGACCAUCGUGUCUUCUUGCCCCGAAGCCACCGCGAGUUGUAUGCAGUACAGCGCACCUCAGUAG